GUUGCCGAGGAUCCAGUCGCUGAGGAUCCAGUCCGCUGAGGAGCCUGUCAGCGAGGAGCCAGCCGUUGAGGAACCUGUUGCUGAGGUGCUUGUCGCUGAGGCGCCUCUCGCUGCGGAAUCAGCUGCAGAAGCGCCAGUCGCUGAGGCGCCUGUCACUGAGGAUCCAACCACGGAGGAGUUAGCUGUUGAUGCGCCUAUCGCUAAGGAGUUUGUCGCCGAGGAACCAGCUGCUGAGGCGCCAGUCAUUGAGAAUUCAGUAGUUGAGGCACCGGUCGCUGAGGACCCUGCUGCUGGGACGUCCGUUGCUGAGAAACAAAUUACGGAGGCACCAGUCGCCGAGGUGUCAGUCGUUGAGGAGCCAGCCGUUAAGGAUUCAGUCACUGAAGAGCCUGUCACUGCUAAGGCACAGACCGCUGAGGAACCAAUCGCUGAGGAACCAAUCGCUGAGGAGCCGGUCGCUGCAGUAUCGCUUGUCAAGGAGCUAGCCGCUGAGGAAUCGGUUGCUGAGGCAUCACUUGCUGAAGUGCCAGUGGUUGAAGGGCUAGACGCCGAAGAGUCACACGCUGAGGAGCCAACUACCGAGGAACCAGUCGCUGAUGAGCUGAUCGCCGAGGAAUCGGUCGCUGAAGCAUCACUUGCUAAAGAAGUACUCACUGAGACGACAGGCGGUGAGGAACCUGCUGCUGGUGAGCCGAUCUCUGGUGAUCUGGCUGCCAACGAACUAGUCACUGGGGAACCGGCCACUGAAGAGUCGGCUGUUGAGGCACUAGCUGCUGAAAUACCAGUCGCCGAGGAGUUAGUCGUUAAGGAGUUGGUUGCUGAUGAGCUAUCCGCUGAGGAACCAGCUGCUGAAGUACAAGUCGCGGAGGAUUCAGCUGCUGAGGCGCCUGUUGCUGAGGAUCCAAUCGCUCAAGACCCAGUCAUUGAGGACCAGUCGCUGAGGAACCUGCUGCUGAGGAUUCAGUCGCCCAGGCGUCAGCAGUUGAGGAGCCAGUGUGGAGGCUCCUGUGUUGAGGAUUCAGUUGCUGAAGAGCCAGCUGCGGAGGAGCCAGCCGUCGAGGAACCUCUUGCUGAGGAGGAAUCCAUUGUUGAGGUACCUGCUGCUGAGGAUCUAGUCGCUGAGAAUUCGUUGCUGAGACGCCAACCGCUGAGGAUCUUGUCGCCGGGGUAUCAGCCGUCGAGGAACCAGCUGCGGAGGAUUCAAUUGCUGAGGGCCAGUACGGAAUUGCCAGUCAGUGAGGAUUCGGUCGCUGAGGAUUCGGUUGCUAAGGAGCCGGUUGCUGAGGAACCAGCCAUUGAGGAGCCGGAGCCUGUUGCUGAUGAGCCUGUUGCUGAGGUACUGGUGGCUAAAGAUCCAGUUGCAGAGGAGCCUGCGUUGAGGAAUCAGCUGUGGAGGGGCUUAUCACUAAGGAUCCAAUCGCUGAGGAACCAGUUGUCUCCAAGGACCCAAUCGCCGAGGUGUCGGCCGUCAAGGAACCAGCUACGGAGGCGCCGGUCGCUGAGGAACCAGUCGCUGAGGCACCGGUCACUAGGGAUCCAGCUGUUGAGGAGCCUGUUGCGAGGAGCCAGCCUUGAAGCAUCUGCUGCUGAGACACCGGUCGUUGAGGAAUCCGCUGCUGAGGAUCCAGUUGCGGAGGAUCCAGUUGCGGAGGAUUUAGUCGCUGAGGAACCGGCUGCUGAGGCACCGGAUUCAGUCGUUGAAGCUCCUGUCGCUAAGGAAUCUGUCGCUAAGGAAUCUGUCGCUAAGGAAUCUGUCGCUGAGAAGCCAGUUGCUGAUGAGCCAGUUGCUGAGGAUCGAGCUGUUGAGGAUUCAAUUGCGGAGGAUCGAGCUGUUGAGGAUUCAAUUGCGGAGGGGCCGGUCAUUGAGGAAUCCGCUGCUGAGGAGCCUGCUGCUGACGCGCCAGUCGGUAAGGAGACUGACGUUGAAGAGCCUGUUGCUGAGGAUUCAGUCGCUGAGGCACCAGUUGCUGAGGGGUUCACUUGCGGAAUCGCCGGUCGCCGAGGAGCCUGUCACUGA